AUGCAUCCUGCCCUCGACGUCGCAGACAUCCUAGUACUCAUCUGCGAGCAACUUGGAUCGGGUUCUUCCCGCGAAAAGUCGCUUGCUUCACUCGCACGUACAUGCACUACUUUCAGAGGGCCGGCUUUGGACGAGCUAUGGUCCGAAGGUGUCAGCAUUGCUACCCUCCUUAGCGUUCUUCCCCGCAAACCAAUGGUGUAUUUCCACUUCGAGCGUCGCAGAGCUCCGACAGAGGAUGGGUCUCCGCCUGUCUACAUAGAACGUCGAUGGGUGAGGCUCGAAGGUCUGACCGACGUACAUCGAGCCAACCUAAAGCAAUACAGUCGCCGUAUACGCUCUCUAAACAUCGGAAAUAAACUCGACUCGGACGAUGUCUAUACGCUGGAGCAUUGGCUUCUUUCUCCUGAACCAGAAGCGUCAGCGAUGUUCCCGAAGCUCAGAGAGUUGAUAGUCGACUACGCUGACGGAGGUCGCCUGGGGGCUGAUAGGUUACGCCCAUACUAUCCUCUUCUCGUACAACACCUCGAGUCUAUCACAGUGACACACAAGUCGAGGAAGGAUGAGAGAGACGCUGCCUCUCUACUUGAUUUCUUGUCACUCAUCCCUUCCCACUGUGCUCGCUUACAAAGUUUCGUCUUCUCUCACAUUUCAGAGAGAGCUUUCUGGGACCAAGGCGACAUUGAUCCUGACGAAGCAGAAUUUGCUCAACCGGCUGAACAUAUGGCGUCACAGAUAUCCGAGCUCGUGCGGGCUCUUCCGUGCCUCCGGAAGCUGGUUAUACCCGCCCUUAACGAACACGCCUUCCGUCACGUUUUACACCUGUCGACUUUACAUCACCUUUCCUUGAUUAUCCAGCCCGGGCAGCUACCCUCAUCUCAUCGCCGUGAUUUAGCUUUGGUGUCCUGCAACCUCAAAACACUUCAUCUCAAGGUGCCGCGUGGGGCUAGUGUCAUCCCAGCUCUCCUGAACCUGCCACUCAUCCCUUCUUCGCUAUGCAUCCGUUUUUACGAUGUGCCCUCCGCUUCUGACAUGGAGCGGAUUGUCAACGUCAUCACCGGAAAGGCGACUGCAGUACUCACGCACCUCAGAAUAUCAUCUCCGGUGUCGCAGAGACGUUUUCCCGUACCCUCAAUCUCUCUGAGCUGGGACAUCUUGAGCCCGCUGUUGCGUCUCAACAGCAUACACGCUCUCUACUGGGACCUUCCUACCAACAUUUCCAUCAACGACGCAGAUCUUAUUCAGCUCGCGCACGCGCUCCCUCUCCUCGAAGAGCUAAGUCUCACGCCCGAGCGGUGGUGGACUACCUCGAGCAUCACGCUCGACGGUCUGUUCGCAUUCGUGAGAAUGUGUCCUCGCCUAUCGCACCUUGGCGUAUCCGUGCCGCUUGAUUUGGCCGCUCUCGCGAAGUAUCUUGCAUCCACGUUCUCUCAAAGCGGCGAAUCCAUCUCUUCCCAUCCCUUGAAGACGCUCGUCCUCAACGGGUUACAUUUGGGUGAGGGUGGCUUCGGGCCGCUCGCGGUGAUCCUCGCUGCAGUGUUCCCGACUCUCGAGGACAUCCAUGUGUCCACUGUACAGACUGUCUGUAGAUGGGACUGGGAUAGACUGUCAGAGGUGGUCGCGGUUGGGUUGAGAAGGGCCCAGGAGGCGCGGAAGAGGGGAGAGGCCUUGCCGGUGGAGGAACAGAAUGCUUUGCUUUGGGAGAGUUGGCUGAAUGCAGAUGUGUCGGCCGAGUGA